UUUGUGAUGGAGAGCUCCUAUAAUAUGAUAAGACUUUGGAGGGCUAAUCUCAAACUUUGGGCAUUCGUUGAGGUACAAUGCUGCUGCUAGCAGACCUACUCCUUUUUUUUCUUGUGGUUGUGAGAGAAGGAAAGCCCACGUGUCAAACGUAUGGGACCAAAGAACUGUCUUCAUUUUUCAAGGAAGGAGACAUUACUAUUGGAGGAAUUUUUUCCUUUCACCAGAGCCCAGUCACUGCGAGUUCAGCUCUUGAACUCAACCCAGGUUCAAUCCAGUGUGAAGGGCUGGACCAAGGUGAACUUCAGUAUGCAUACACCAUGAUGUUUGCCAUAGAGGAAAUAAACAACAGCUCAGAGCUUUUGCCAGAUGUGACCCUUGGUUACAGAAUAUUUGAUUCUUGCCCCAGUAUCCCCCUGUCCAUAAGAGCAUCGUUAAAUCUUAUGAAUGCGUACAAAGGGGAGAAAAGCAGCUGUGAUAAACCCUCCAGUGUGCAUGCUGUCAUUGGGGACACCACCUCCACUUCUACUAUUGGCAUAGCACGCACACUAGGACCCUUCCAUAUACCUGUGAUAAGUCAUUCAGCCACUUGUGCCUGUCUCAGUAACAGAAGAGACUACCCUUCUUUCUUUAGAACCAUCCCUAAUGACAUUUUUCAAAGCAAAGCCCUUGCAAAGCUUGUGAAGCAUUUUGGCUGGUCCUGGGUGGGAGCCAUAAGAACAAAUAAUGACUACGGAAAUGGUGGAAUGGCCACUUUUCUCGAAUCCGCUAAAAAGGAGGGCGUAUGUGUCGAGUACUCUGUGGCCAUUUACAGAACCGAUCCAAGGCAGCGUUUCUUAGAUGUCGUGAAUAUUAUCAAAAAAUCCACUUCUAAGGUAAUUGUGGCAUUUGCAGACGGUACAGACCUUGAUAUACUAUUCAGAGAGCUUCAUGCACAGAGUGUAACUGGUCUGCAGUGGGUAGGAAGUGAAGGGUGGAUUACAUAUCGACAAAUUGCCACUCCAAUGAACUAUGCUGUGGUCCAAGGCGCAGUCGGAUUUGCAGCACUAAGUUCGCCCAUCCCUGGAUUACAGGAGUUCCUAAGAAACAGCAAGCCCUCUAUUACAGAAGGAAAUCAGGGGCUUGUGGAGUUGUGGGAGAUGGUAUUCAACUGCACCCUGAAGUACAAAACAGAGGCUCAGGAUUACAAACCGUGUAAUGGGAUGGAGACUCUAAGGAAAGUCAACCUGCCGUUCACAGAUGUGUCAGAUACCAGCCUGCUGAAUAAUAUUUAUAAGGCCACAUAUGCAAUCGCUCAUGCUCUGAACAUGUUAAUCAACUGUGAAAAUGAACAGGGGCCUUUUGAGAACAACUCAUGCGCUGAUAGGAAAAAUAUACAGCCAUGGCAGGUAUUGUAUUACCUGUCAAGGGUAAAUUUCACCACUGACACUGGUGAGAAUGUGUUCUUUGAUGAUUUGGGUGACCCUGUAGCACGCUACGCUCUGGUAAACUGGCAGAUGGAUGAAACCGGCCACACACUGUUCCAAACCAUUGGUUACUAUGAUGCCUCCCAGCCUGAAGGUCAGCAGUUUGAUGUUAACCCAGGUGUGAGUGCUAUUUGGGCUGGAGAGAACCGUGAGGUGCCAAAGUCGAUUUGCAGUGAGAGCUGUUUACCUGGGACUUAUCGGGCUUUCAUUAAAGGCAAACCUAUCUGCUGCUUUGACUGCAUCCCCUGCGCUGAGGGGGAGUUCAGCAACAGUACAAAUGCUGUGAAUUGUGAUAAAUGCCACCCUGAGUACAAAUCCAGUGAAGAGAGGACUAGUUGUGACUUGAAAGCUAUUGAAUUCCUCACCUUCACCGAGUUAAUGGGUAUACUGCUGGUUGCUUUCUCAGUAUUUGGUGCAUGUCUUGCAAUGUUUGUGGCUGUAACAUUUUACCACCACAGAAAAACUCCUAUAGUCAAAGCAAAUAACUCUGAAUUGAGUUUCUUGCUGUUGUUCUCCUUGAGUUUGUGUUUCCUCUGCCCUUUAACCUUCAUUAGCCGGCCCACUAAGUGGUCCUGCAUGCUACGCCACUCCACCUUCGGCAUCAUCUUUGUGCUCUGCAUGUCCUGCGUCCUUGGAAAAACUAUUGUUGUGUUAAUGGCUUUCAGAGCUACACUUCCAGGAAGUAACAUGUUAAAAUGGUUUGGGCCUGUGCAGCAGAGGAUCAGUGUUCUGGCUUUCACUCUCAUCCAGGUCUCAAUCUGCAUUCUGUGGCUUACAAUUAAUCCUCCAUAUCCACACAAAAAUGUUAAAUAUUACAAAGACAAAGUAAUACUGGAGUGUUCUCUUGGAUCGUCAUUGGGGUUCUGGGCUGUGCUAGGCUACAUUGGGCUUCUGUCUUUGCUAUGCUUUGGACUAGCUUUAAUGGCACGGAAACUCCCUAAUAAUUUCAACGAAGCGAAGUUUAUCACAUUCAGCAUGUUGAUAUUUUGUGCAGUGUGGCUCACCUUCAUCCCAGCUUAUGUCAGCUCUCCAGGGAAGUUUAGUGUAGCAGUGGAGAUCUUUGCUAUCCUGGCUUCAAGUUAUGGACUGUUAUGCUGUAUUUUUUUCCCGAAGUGCUACAUUAUUUUAUUCAAACCUGAGAAGAAUACAAAGAAACAUUUAAUGGGUAAAGUGACCAAGGAAGCCAUUUAAAAUUUGUGCUAAGAUAUAACAGCAGAAUCACUGGAUAUUUUACAAGUAUGUGCUUUAGUAAGAGAAAUAUAUACUAUUUACUGUGUUAGAUUUAAAUAUAUUAUAGAGGAAUUGGAA